UUGUUAUGUUCAAUUUAUUCAUAGACAAUCUUACGUGUUUUAGACGAAGGAUGUUUAACACGGAUAAAACAUUACCAAUAUUGGGUUUGAGCUACAAAUGUUCUGUUCAUUCCCAUUAAAAAGAGACGCAAAAGGAUAAUCAAACAUAAAAAAUAAUAUAAACACUCGUCCAAUAUCUCAAACUGCACCUGAUAUUUCUUUCCAUCUCUAUCCUGCAAAAAUCAUAACCAGUCAUUUAUAUUAAUACUUUCCAAUCUCUGAAGCACUUGAAAUUGGUUACCCAUAAUUGUUAUUUUCACCCCUAAAAAAUUACACUUACUAUUGCAGUUGAUUAUUUUUUUUUCUCCAAGAAACACGGAACAUGAAAUUGCUUUCCAUUUCACAGGAUCAGCCUUAAGGGGUGGCCUGUAAUCCCACCUAACGAAACGAACCCAAAGCUCUUGGCAAUGGCAAGCCCUAUUAGAUACGGUUGGGAAGGGACAAUUUAGGGCCACGUGAUGGUUUCUACCCUCUUCAUCUCAUGCAUUUGUCCUAUAGCACUACUAGUAUAUCCUCCCCUCUCGAUUAAUCUAUACUUUUUUCCAAAAUGGAUUCUUUUGUCCGUAUCCCCAUUCAGUGCCACUUUCAAUUCUUUUCAUCCUACAUUUGUAUAUCUUUAGUUCCCUACGUAACAUGUAUAAUUUCGUUCAAUUACUAAGUAUUUUUGUCUCUUGACCAAAACAUUUGUAUAGCAUAUUAUUGGUGUCAAAUGAAGAUUUAAAUAGAAAGGUGGGUAGUUACUAGUUAGGUAUAAUAUCUUUUACAAAAAUAAUAAUUUAAAGAUUAAAGAAAAAAGAGAAGUGGAAUGGACAGGAAGAGGGUGUGAUUUAGGCAGGGGCAUGGGCUGUACUAAACUACAGCUCAUGAGGAAGAAACAGUGAAUCCAAAGAGAAAGAGCUAAAAAAGGGGGGAAGAGGCAGAGGCUGUUUGCAAAGCUUAAAAGGCUCUCUCCAAAACAAGUACUUGGAGACACACCCAUGCCACCUCAAGCCAAAAUGCUUUUUCCAUGCCUUUUAGGCUUUUGUGACAGACUCAACAAGUCCCAUACAAGGUAGAGCCUCAAACCCCAAGUCUACGACUCAUCAAAUACUACCACCCCCACUCCUCUCCAAACCCCAAAUCCAAACACAGUUCAAAACAAAAGGCAAAAAAACAAACCAUUUUUUUUUUUUCAGAAACAAAAGAAAAUUAAAAAAAAAAAACCUCUCUGCUUUGGGGACUGCAAGUGCAAGUAAGCUAGUUCGCAACUCUCAAAGCUGAAAAAACAUUUUUUCUGUUUUCUGCUUAUUACCCACUUCCUCAAAACCCAAAACACAUGCUCUCCCAUCAUCACAACCCCUCCUCUUCCCAUCUACAUCUCCUUUAACCCUCUGUUUCUUUCUCUCAUCCCACAAAGCAUUCAGAAAACAAGCCAAAAAUGAUAACGUUAACGGACUUCUAUCACGUGAUGACCGCAAUGGUGCCACUUUACGUGGCCAUGAUAUUGGCCUACGGUUCAGUAAAAUGGUGGAAAAUCUUCUCCCCCGACCAAUGCUCUGGCAUCAACCGCUUCGUUGCUCUGUUCGCAGUCCCUCUCCUUUCUUUCCACUUCAUCGCCUCCAACAACCCCUACCAAAUGAAUCUCCGUUUCAUUGCCGCCGACACACUCCAAAAAAUCAUCGUCUUGGUGGUCCUCGCCGUUUGGACGAACGUGAGCAAAAGGGGUUGUUUGGAAUGGACGAUAACCCUGUUCUCCAUUUCCACUCUCCCAAACACGUUAGUGAUGGGAAUCCCUUUGCUCAAAGGAAUGUACGGUGAGUUCUCUGGGAGUCUAAUGGUCCAAAUUGUGGUCCUUCAAUGCAUCAUCUGGUACACCCUGAUGCUGUUCAUGUUCGAGUACAGAGGCGCCAGAAUGCUGAUCUCUGAGCAGUUCCCAGACACUGCUGGUACCAUUGUCUCCAUUCAUGUUGACUCUGAUGUGAUGUCACUCGAUGGAAGACAACAGUUAGAAACCGAGGCUGAAAUCAAAGAAGACGGUAAACUUCAUGUCACAGUGAGAAAAUCCAAUGCUUCAAGAUCUGAUAUCUUCUCUAGAAGGUCUCAGGGUCUUUCUUCAACAACCCCUCGCCCUUCUAACCUCACCAAUGCAGAGAUUUACUCUCUGCAAUCCUCUCGAAACCCAACCCCACGUGGGUCUAGUUUCAACCACACCGAUUUCUAUUCCAUGAUGGCUGGGGGUCGUAACUCUAACUUCGGUGCUUCCGAUGUUUACGGUCUCUCUGCUUCAAGAGGACCAACUCCGAGGCCUUCCAAUUAUGACGAGGAUGUUUCCGCAGGUGGGAAUGGGAAGCCGAGGUACCAUUACUCUGCUUCAGGAACAGGACACUACCCUGCGCCCAACCCAGGCAUGUUCUCUCCUACCGCGUCUAAAAAUGUUGCUGCCAAUGCAAAGAGGGUCAAUGGUCAAGCACCGCAGAAACCCGAGGAUGGGAAUAAGGAUCUUCAUAUGUUUGUUUGGAGUUCAAGUGCUUCUCCAGUUUCGGAUGUGUUCGGCGGCCAUGAAUACGGAGUUCAUGAUCAGAAAGAAGUGAAGUUGAAUGUAUCUCCCGGAAAAGGUUUUUUGGAGGGUCAUAGAGAUGGUCAAGAGGAGUAUUUAGAGAAGGAUGAUUUCAGCUUUGGAAACAGAGGAAUUGAGAAUCAGCACGAAGGUGAAAAAAUUGGAAGCGUUAAGCCAACAGCUAUGCCUCCAGCUAGUGUAAUGACAAGGCUUAUAUUGAUCAUGGUUUGGAGAAAACUUAUCAGAAACCCUAACACUUACUCCAGCUUAAUUGGCCUAACUUGGUCCCUCGUUUCCUUCAGGUGGAAUAUUGAAAUGCCUGCAAUAAUUGCAAAGUCUAUUUCUAUAUUGUCAGAUGCAGGGCUUGGCAUGGCCAUGUUCAGUCUUGGUCUGUUCAUGGCUUUGCAACCAAGGAUCAUAGCAUGUGGAAAUUCCGUAGCAGCUUUUUCUAUGGCCGUGAGAUUCCUUACAGGUCCAGCUGUCAUGGCAGCUGCUUCCAUAGCUGUUGGACUCAGAGGCGUUCUCUUACACGUUGCCAUUGUUCAGGCAGCUCUUCCCCAAGGAAUAGUCCCAUUUGUCUUUGCGAAGGAAUACAAUGUACAUCCUGAUAUUCUCAGCACAGGUGUUAUUUUUGGGAUGUUGAUUGCAUUGCCCAUAACGCUGGUGUACUACAUCUUGCUCGGGUUAUGAGUGAAUGAAAAAGAUGGACGAUUGUGAAGAUUACAUGUGGCAUCCAUGCAAAGCUCUUCUUAGAGAAAGAGAACAGAUGUUCAACGAAAUAGAAAAGCAUCACAUAAUUGAAUAGGAGGAAUUGACGGAUGAGUUUUCAUUUUUUAUUUUCGUUCUUUUUAAUGAAUUGUCCUUCCUUAGUGAAAUGUAAAAUCAUGUUUCUAGCUAAUUUAU